AUGAGUGCGUCCCUGAGGGAGAGACUUAAAAAAACGAGGCGAUCCUUUAGAUCACCGUCAAACGUGGCGAAACGUCUGAAAAUCGACGAGGAGUCGGCUCAGUCUUUAGAGGAAGGAAAGACUAAACACGAAAGAGACACAACGGACGUCAACAGUAAUGAAACGAUGCAGAGAGAUUCCCCGGCGACAUCCCCUGUUAUAGCUGAGAGCUCAUUAACUCAGGCUGACAUGCUUCAGCAGCGAGAUCAGCUGAGGAGGGAGGUAAAGGAGAAGAUGGAUAUUCUUCGAAGAUUAAAUAUGGUCAAAAUGUACAGAAGCAAGAAUGACCUGACCCAGCUGCAGGAGCUCACGGGCAAAUGGAGACUCUGUGCUCAGGCUGUUUUAUAUGAGCUGCAGACAGAGUUAUGCAAAGACGGCAGGAAAACCAGUCUCUCCCAGCUCAUGGACCAGUUUGGACUGGAGGACGGCAUGCUUCAUUUUGACAGGACAGAGGACGACUUCACGGACAGCUGA